GCCCAAAUGCACACUUAACUGUGACACUAUCUUCUUCAAUAUUCUCCAACCAAAACCCUGUACCCUAAACCAACUCAAUCUUACUUCAAUGGCGUCAAUCAAUUUCAAUUUAUUCGACAACUGGUUCAACAAACCUCCAAACCCACUUCCUCCAAUUAACCUCAUCACCCUAAUCCACUCCCUAUCACCACCUACCCAACCCCACUCAAAUUUCGCCGCCAUUUCCAUCUCAAACCCAUUCAAAAAACCCGAACCAAAACAACCCGAAUCAGACCAACCCGGAUACUGGCAACAACAGCUCGACCAAUUCUUCUACGAGCACGAAAACCUACCCGAUUACCGCCACGCCCCAGAAGUCGAAAAAAUCCUCACCGACCACCCUUACUUGGAAAAAAAAGAAAACCCAACUGAAGAAGAAAAAUUAGAGAAUGAGAAAAUUUGGGAGGAGCUUACGACGAACCCAGUUGUGAAAUUCUUGGCUCGGUGUGAAGAGAUUGAUGAUAAGAUUAAUGAGUUGGAAUUGAAGGAAAAUCAGCUGCCGUAUCGGUGGGAGGACCGGAAAGUGUGGGAGAAAGUUCCGAAUGUGAUUGGCCUUGAUGGGCGGCCGAUGCCGAGGAAGGCUAUUAAGACUAAGGAGGAGAGUGAUGAUAAGUUUUGGGAUUUUGCUAGGCAAUUUUACUUUGGAUUAUGGGGUUUUCGACAGCGGCCUUAUCCGUCUAGUCGACCUAUUGAUGUUGCUCAAGCUAUUGGUUAUAAGCGGCUGGAGAAGCGAUACUAUGAUUUUAUUAUGAAGAGUGGUGGGUUUUAUUAUAAGGAUCGGUUGGGGCGGACUAGAGGACCUAUGGAGAUGAUUCAGCUUAAGACUGCUUGGGGUGGUGGGAUAAUUGAUAAGGAUACUUUUGUUUGGGGCGAGGAUCUUGAUGAAUGGGCUCCGAUUCAUAUGAUUUAUGGCAUGGAACGCGCUAUUGCUACUUGGGAAGUUAGACUUGGGGCGACAGCUACGGCUUUCCUUCACAAACUUCAGAAGGGAAUUCCUCCUUGGGUUCCUGCAAAGGGACGUGAGAAGAAAACCCUCAAACAGCUGCAACAAGAGGCAAUAGAGAGCAAAAAUCGCGACUUAGCUGUUUUAGAAGCUAAUGACGGUGUAUGGCCAGGUGUUAGAAUUCCCAGCCAUGCCCUAUUUCUUUGGGCAAGUGGUUCUGAGCUGACCAAUAUCUUAGAAUCUGACCAUAUGCCAAACAAAUACAUUCCGAAAGAGCUCAGGCUUCAGUUGGCUAAAAUUAUCCCUGGCCUAAGACCAUGGGAGGUUCUAAGUGUUGAGCAAGCAAUGGAUCAAAUAACAUAUGGUGGCAAAUGGUACCGUGAACCUCUUGGCGCAUAUACAACAGGUCCACCAUACAUAAGGCAUUGGAAUAAAGAUGUCAAGAGAAUAUUCCGGACUUUCUAUAAUCUGAGCAUCCAAGUAUACAACAAACUGAACAGGACAAUUCCAGGUUUUGAUGUUAUAAUGGAGAAAGUCCAGGCUGAUUCUGCGGCUAGAGAUGCCCGACGGAAAGAGAGGAGGGAAGCUCAUAAGAGAGCCGGGCAGUAAGUGACUCUAAGAAUGACCCAUCGAUAAGUAUCAAGACGAUCUCAUCAGGUGAACCGAUUUUAGAAAAAUGGUUUAUCAUUGUGAGAGGCAGCUCUUGAGCUUUUACAUUUUGUGUUUGAAGGUGAUCAAACACAUCACCCUGUAUCUUAUUUAAUGUAUGUACUAAUUAUAAACUUUUGAAUAGGAAAAGUUAAAUCAAUCACCUUGGAUUUUUUUCGCUCUUUA